AUGGCACUAGAGACAAUACAGGAAGGGGUUAAGUCUGAGGAAGUGGAGUCCAAUUCUGAUGAGGUUUGUGAUAACGUUGAAACAUCUAUUUCAGAAGAAAAGGUUGGUGAAGAACUGAUGAAACCUCUGUCAAACCCAUGGGAGUCUAGUGUUUGUGAAGGAGAAUGUGAUUGUACCAUGAUGGUUGCUGCUAAGGGAGCUUCUACUUUCCUUGAUAGUUUAUGGUAUGUAGAUAGUGGAGGCUCCAGGCACAUGACAGGAUGUAGAACCCUUCUCAAAGGUUUCAUAAAAAAUGGAUGGGGCGAUAUAUCCUUUGGUAACAACUCAAAAAGAAAGGUGUUGGGGUCAGGGAUGGUCCAAGCAAGGAAACUCAAGUUUGAACAUGUCAAUCUUAUUGACAAUCUUAUAUUUAAUCUUCUUAGUGUAUCAUAA